AUGGCUGAUGAUCGCAAUUGGGUUGGCAUCAAACGACGCCGGCUUUUCAGCCCGCAAGAUGACAGACGUUUAGAACAGAUUAUUCGCGAGGGCAACUUCCAAGGAUGGAAGAAUGUGGCAUUGGCUAUGCCAGGCUUUACCGCCAAGCAGCUUCGCGAUCGAUGGCAUAAUUAUCUCUCACCCAGAAAUUCUUUAGCUCCAUGGAGUCUCGCCGAAGAUAUUAUUAUUGUGCAUAAAAUCAAGGAAAUUGGAACAAAAUGGUCUCAAAUUUCGACAUACCUUAGGGGUCGCUCAAGCAACUGCAUUAAAAAUAGGUGGAAUUCGGUUUUAAAAGAAGAUAGUACCCUCAAUCCAUCAAAAUAUUUACUGGAAAGUCAACAAAAAGAGGAAGAAACUCCACCAGAACCACAAGAAAUGGGCGAUGAUCCACCUAAACAGAUUCAGGAACAGCCAGUUAAAAAUGGUUUUACUCUAGAUCAACGAUUUAUCGACAGAUUCUUUGAUAAUCCUCCCAACAAGUCAAAGUAA